UCAUAGAAUAUUCUAGAGCAUAAUCUGUUCAGUUUAGAAUAGCCAUUGUGAUCUAUAAACCAAAGUUUGACACAGCUAGUGUGCUAUAAUAAAGGGAUCAGGUGUCCUGGUUAUUCUAUAACUACUUACAUUUGGGCCGGUUAUUUUCCAAGGCAGCCUCGUGUCCAAAUGUGUGUGACCCAGUGGCCAAACUGAUCUCUCAGGGGGCUGACAUCCCACAGCUCAAUGGGCUGGGUUUGGCUGUUGUUUUUAUAGGUUGGCUUGGUUAUGGUAGGAAGACGGGAGUUCUUUGGCGAUUAUGUUUUACAUUGAUUUUUAAAUUGAAUGGGCAAAGUAGAAAUGUCUAAAAUGAACGAAAUAUUUAUUUUUCAACUCCACACCUGAGCACCGUUGUUUCAAGUUGAUUGGAAGGAGAGAAAGUGCUAGCUCCCCUCUUUAAUACCGACCGAACUGAAUUAUCUGAGCCAAGAAACAGGAAACUGGAGAGGAAUGUAAGCCAAUGCUGUAUUGCAACAGCAUCAAUUAGGCUGUACCUAAAACAGCUCAGAUUCAUAUUACCGAUCUUUUCCAAAAACCCCAAGGUUGCGAAUGGUUUAUUGACACCAAAAGAAGCAGUUUCUUUUCACAACUGGAAAAUAAACCCUGCUUAGAAGAGACGCAAAGGCACGUCUGGAUUCUUUUUCUGUCCUGGUCGUGUAAUGGUUAGAUUUCCCUGGGUUGAAUUUACAAGGAUUAGCGGGGCUAUUCGCCAAUCAAACCCGAGAAAAGCGUACGGAGCGGAGAGCAGAGCGAACGAGCCAAUCGCCGGGGGCCAAACAAGGGCCAGGAGGUGACCGAAACGCCCGCGUUGCUCUCCGUGGGUUAAGUUCCGCGCCUGGAAUGUGCAGUUUCUCCUCAAACCGCGGGGGACGGAAGGAGAGCGAGCGAGCGAGCGAGCGCGUCAGGCGCACCCGUGAGGAAUUCUCUCGCUCGGGCUGGACUGUAGGACCUGAGCGAGGCUUUUCCGCGGCUCCAGAUCGCUUUCUUUACUGGUACGAGCGGCGCCUCAGCUCCUGCUGUCCUCUGCGGGCGAUGGCUUCCUCGGAGCGGCAGCCCGGGGCCCCUCCACACCAGGAGUCGUGGCGUCGCACCGUUCACCUCCUGAGGAAGAUGCGCUCAGAUGUCAGCAGCCUCUUGGAAUGCUACGUUGAGAAGCAAGAGCUGGCCCAACCCUACAACCUUGAUUUGAUCGAUGUUGAUUUGAUCGAUGGAGUACCUGUAGCUGACGUUGAAGAAUGGAGUGAGAUUUCAGAUGCUGAACGUCUGGGAAGCAACUUGCAAGCUUAUUGGGCAUUUCAGAUUCUGUUGGAUCAAAUCUUAGAAGAGCAGAGGACUGAUUUAACCCCAGAGGAUGUAGCUUUCCAUGAAUCUAUCCAAUCAGUUUUGCUGCAAGUUUCUGCUUUAGCUUACCAAUUGGAGGAACUGAUGGUAAAGCUGAAGCACAAUGUGCCGGCCAAAGAGGUAAAAAAUACAACAAACCCUGAUGAAAAAAGCUUGUUUGAAAGGAAAAUAAGGGGCAUGAAGGUGUUACAGGAGCUUGGCCAAUGGACCGUCAGGUCAGUCCGAGACCUUCACAAAAUCUCUACAUCAGUUCAGGCAUCAUCCGUCGCACUUGAGAGUGACAGCCUGACUCAGGCCCAGGAAAAAUAAGGCUUCUGUUAUAUUCUUAAGCUUCUUUAAAACAAUGUCCUUCCCUCAUUUGUGGUAUUUAGACUGAAGCUGUCCAGCCAGUCUGAGCAUGCAGAGAAUGAUCCCAUCCAUAUUAGUCUAUAUGCAUCCCAUUCCCGAGUGAUGAAGAAUUUCAAGAGUACCAGUGCUACAUGGUGACUGUAGGCUUGUAGUGUUGUUGUGAUAUAAGGUUUAUUUGCAAAUAUCUGCAGGCUGAGCACCAGCUGAGUAUUCAUAAUACUAACACUCCAAUGGAUUCCUUUUUCCUGGGCGUUCUGCCAGGAACGGUCUGCCUCCCUCUAGUUCCAGCCUGGACUACUUCUCUGCUUCAUACAUACCAUUCACUAAUCUCCUCCCCAUGAUUCUUCAAGGAGGAAAGACUCCUCAUCUUCCACUGCAAAAUUAUUAUCAGAGUGUUUCUGGUGGCCUUUUUCUUUGAUAAGUUCUUAACCAUGACUAGCAGCAGUCCCUAUUUAAAAAAAAAAUACAGUGGCUUUUAAGGGCCACUGCCUCGGGGCAGUGAUUUUCCAAAUAUGGCGAUGGAGAUUAAUGUGGUAGUCUGUUGUAACCUCCCCAUGUCACUUCAGCCCAGUGGUGUACCUAGCAUGUCUGAUCCCCAAAGCAGAUCAUUUUUAUCACCUCCCUGCUCUGUCACCAAGAACUACUUUGGUGCAGGCUCUUGUUAUAAGCAUGAAGCCAGCUGGGCCGCUCACUCGCUUGUAGCCUUAGGGAGAAAGCAAUAAUAAUAAUAACAACAACAACAACAACAACAACAACACCAUUGGCAUUGACAAAUUCACUAUUAGUCAAUUGCAAAAGGCGGCCUUACUAGGAACUGCUUCCAUCCUGCGACGAUA